AUGGCGGCGCCUCUAUUGUCUUGGCGCCUGUGUGCGCCGCACACUUCGCACACAGGGGCGGUGCGGCCCUGGGACUGGGACAGUAAAUGUGAGGACUUGUGGCUUAAUUUGGAGGUAGCAUCUUCUAGGCCAGUACAUCAUAUAGCAUUGUAUGCCGUUUAUUUGCCCCCUCCGGUUAGUUGCAGUGUACUUGAACAUUUUCUAGACAACUGUAAUUCAAUUUCUGAAAAUAACGUCUCGAUGAUUAUUGUAGGUGACUUUAAUUUAAGAAACAUUAAUUGGCAAAUGGUUCACAAUAAUUGCAAUAGUUAUGUGGCACCUGGUUUGGCUAGAAACCUGCUUGACUUUGUAAAUUUACAUAAAUUUUCCCAAUUAUACAACAUCACCAACAAUAAAAAUGUUAUUUUGGAUUUGGUUUUAACGGAUAUUCUGAUUUGCACAGUUUCUAAAUCAACUAAUCUCCUCAGCAAAAUUGACACACAGCACCCCCCUUUAGAUAUAGUACUUUCUCUAACUGUAGAUAAAAAGCUUCCGUUUAAUAUUAACACAAAAAAAUUUAACUUCUACAAAGCUGGCUAUGACUCAAUCAAAGAUCACUUAUCAAAUCUGCACUGGUCUGAAACUUUUAGACAUCUAUCUGAUGUAAAUGAAAUGGUUAAGGUCUUCUACAAUGUUUUAUGGGAAGCCAUACGUAAAUUUGUGCCUUAUAAAUGUUUUGCAAAGAAAGGACGUUACCCACCAUGGUUUGACCGUAAUUUAAUUCGUAGGCUAAAAGAAAAGAAUAAUCUUCGAUGGCGUUAUAAGUUAUACGGAAACCCGCGCGAUGAAUUGGAACUUGAAAUUGUAAGUAAGCGUUGUGAAGCUUUGGCUAUUGACAGGUAUAACUUUUACAUUAAGAAAUUGGAAAAGGAUCUUAUUUCUAACCCAAAACUCUUCUGGACAUUCGUUAAAAGUAAGCGUGGGGGAAAAGGGUCCUACCCUGCAACAAUGAAAUCUACAUCUGACAGUCCUACUAUAUGUGGUAUGUUUGCCAAGAACUUUUUAUUAGCGUAUAAUGAUAAUAACUGUCGCAGUAACAACGUGUGUGAACGCUAUCAUCACCCCUCAUUAAAUGCUAUUGAUAAUUAUUACUAUCGGACUUUUUUUGUACCGGUGGUUACAGAGAAAAUGGUUCUGAGUAAACUACAACGUUUGGAUCGAUCUAAAGGGGCUGGGCCAGAUGACAUUCCACCGUUUUCAUAG